AUGACGGGACAUCCGGGCACUGUGGGGGUAAUUCGCCUUGCCUGUGGCUAAACAGGCGGUGAGACGGGAUCGUUCGUAGGGAGAGAGAAACAUUCGCCAUGCCUGGCCUCUAAAAUCUGGCUUUGAAGGCGGCCCGACUUCGAGGAAUGGGAGAACGAUGUUGCUGCCGAGAAUCCUAGCCAUUCUCGGGGUGAUCGUGUGCGUGUGCGGCGGCGGGAGAGCGGAGAGAGGCGAGCGGGUGUACGGGUGCCUGUUCCAGAAAGAUCUAUGCAGGAGGGAUGAGAUAUGUGUGGUUGAUAACUUGUUUGGGAGUUGUCAGGAGGACCCAGUAGAAGCCAUCUACUCCUACAACCCCUCCAGUCAGCAGCUGAAGGAUCUCCGGGAUGACAUCACAGAACUGGUGACUGAUGGGUACGGUUGGAGAGAGGACAUCACACAAGCCACCAUAGGUGGUCACCUCAACAGAAUACAUCAGGACUAUGUAGCAGAGCCCCCUGGCAACCAGGAAGGGUAUGACAGCCUAGGCAAGGCUGAUCCCUACCUGGGCCAGCUGUACCCUGGGGCAGCCCAGCUGAGUACAGGGGUGGAGAAGAGACGUCAGGAGAUGGUAGAUCAGCUCAAUAAACAGUACCUGGAUCUCAUGGAUAGGGAAAGGGCACUGGAGCAGCAGGCAGUGGAAGAGAGGCAUAUGAAAGAAGCCCUACAGUGGCAGGCAGGGCAGCAAGGCAUCCUGGGAGAUGACCGUAGCGAGGAGUUUGUCAACUCCUGGUUGGACGACCCCGAGAUCCGAGCCAAGCUGAAAACGCUACUGAACACCAUCGUUCAGUAUUACGGCAACGACAUCGACACGCCCAACGAUGACUACGUCAAAAAAGGUGGCGACGGCUCGUAUUACGACUAUGAAGGUGUAAAUUCUCCUAACCGUGGUGAAGGUGAUGGGAAUAGGUUGGUGUGGGGAGAUUUUGGUGGCGGUGGUAUGGAUGAGGAUGGUGUACCCGACGAGAAGUUAGUCGCCGUGCCAAAAUGGCAAGACUAUUUCUCGGAUGCGGACAUGACGACAACGGCUACUAAACCGCUAACAGAAGCUGGCAUGGUGUUCGGUGGUGGUGGUGAUGAAAUAGAGUCUAGAGAAGACCCUGUAGAUGAUGACAUCAUUCCCACUCCUGAUGCUGACAUGCUUCUAUCUCUUGUGGGAAAAGAGCUGAACAGCCUGUUGGAUGGUACCAUACGACUGGAGGACCUAACUGAUGAGGAGUACAAGCUGCUGGCUCAGGCUGUCAGGGAAACCAUCAGUCUUCUACAGGAUGAUAAGGAACAAGACGGUGAUUCAGGAGGCCAGGAGGAUGCAAUUGAUGAAGAAACAAGAGACUCAGAAGGAGAAAUUGAAGAUGGCACUGGGGAGGCACCAGAUGGUAGUGAAGAAGACACCAAGGAGAAUCCAGAAGAAACAUCUGACCCAGAAGUUACUAAGAAGGACCCUGAAGAAGGAGCUGUGGAAGAGAAGGAAGCUGAAGAUGCUGACAGUGAUGGGCAGGAGGAGAAGAAAGAUGAGGAGACAUGGAUUCAGGAGGACCAGGGGGAACAGAAGAAGUCUCCUGCCUCUCAGCAAAGCUUCUUCAGAAAUGGUCCACCUUCAUAGUGACAUAUGAUGAUGGGACAAAGGUUCGUGAUGCACUUGCUGACAUCAUUGGAGUUCCAACUGAGAUCUUCUCCGAUAUAAGUGUUCUGGACAACCAUGUUUCCUUCCUGGUCAGACCCAACGACAAGGGACUCAACGCAUCAACAGUUGCACACCUAGCAGAAAACAACAAGGAAGCUCUACAGAAGGCAGUUGGUAUGGAGCUGGUUGGUACUGGCAUCGGCAGUAAUGAGAUGAGUCACCAUGUUGAGUUCUUGUUAAAGACCAAGGAACUACCACUAACGAGGAUUGAGAUUGUUGAGAAUGCAGAGGAAGGGCCACACUACCUGGUUCUGACGGUGAUCGUGGUUGGCUGUCUGGCGGGCGUGCUGGUGGCAGUCAUCGCCAUCUACUUCAUGAAGAGGUCUGCCCACAGGGAUGCCAAACUGCAGGGGUUAACAGGGGGGCAUCCUGACAUGGACGCCACAGCAGAUUACCAGGAGUUGUGCCGGCAGCGAAUGGCGAGUAAAGCGACAGAGAAGCCGGAGCCAAUGACGAGCCAGUCCCGCUUCAGCAGCCUGUCGGAGGAGCGUGUCCGCAGCCCGUCUAGUCGCAGUAGUACGUCCUCCUGGAGUGAAGAGCCAGUCUCCUCCAAUAUGGACAUCUCCACUGGACACAUCGUUUUGGCCUACAUGGAGGAUCACUUGAAGAAUAAGGACCGACUUGAGAAGGAGUGGCAGCAGCUACAGAACUAUGAACCAGACAUCCACAGCACAGUCAUCGGCCUGUCCGGGGGGAACGCUGCCAAGAACAGAGUCUCUGAUGCCGUACCAUAUGACCAUUCCCGUGUGAUUCUGAACGACAGUUUGAAUAUUGGGACUGCAGACUACAUCAAUGCCAGUACAAUUACGGACCAUGAUCCUCGGAACCAUGCGUACAUCGCAACCCAAGGUCCGCUGGAGACCUCUGUGUGUGAUUUCUGGCAGAUGGUGUGGGAACAGGGCAGUGUGGUGAUCGUCAUGUUGUGCAGUCUACAGGAGGGAGGGAGUGAACAGUGCUGUCAGUACUGGCCUGAAGAAGGCAACAGUCUCUACCACAUUUAUGAGGUGCACCUUGUGUCGGAGCACAUCUGGUGUGAGGAUUUCCUGGUGCGAAGCUUCUACCUGAAGAACAUCCAGACUGGAGAGACUCGCACCGUCACCCAGUUCCACUUCCUGUCCUGGCCAGAAGGGGGCAUCCCUGCAACCCCCAAGGCACUGCUGGAGUUCAGAAGGAAAGUGAACAAGUGUUAUCGUGGCAAGUCAUGCCCUAUUGUGGUCCACUGCAGUGAUGGUUGUGGGCGUACGGGAACCUACUGCCUGGUCGACAUGGUCCUCAACAGGAUGACUAAGGGUGCCAAGGAGAUAGACAUUGCCGCCACGCUGGAGCAUAUACGUGACCAGAGACCGAACAUGGUGAAGAGUAAGGACCAGUUUGAGUUUGCGCUGACAGCUGUAGCAGAAGAGGUGAACGCCAUCUUGAAAGCCCUACCGCAGUAGCGCUAACAAACAGAACUGUGGACGACGAGUCAUGCUGGAAGAACGUUUCCUGACUUACCUACAAGUCGUGUCAAGAGAACUCUUCAAGAUACAAACCUUUGCCUAGUUGUUUGGUCCGACAUACCAUGUAGGAGCUGUGACUGUAAGAAUGAGAGUAUUCAUGUCUUCUUGGUACUAGGAGUUUCCAAGAUUCUUUCCUUACAUGUAAGUCAUCAUGUUUAUUGCCUUCAACUUCCAGAGGGCUGUGAAAAAUGCACAACGCUCAUACAGAAACCCAACCUCCUCAAUUACUUUAUUACUAGACAAUGAUACUUCAAUUGCCAAACAUUGCCCAACAAAAAAGCUCUUUAAAGGUAUAAUUGUGGAAUUUGGUGCCAAAAACUGCAAAUAUCGUGAAUUUGAAAAUCUCCAUUCAGAUGACAUGACAUCUGUAACUUACUUUCAACAUAUUCACAUCAUUGUUUAAGAUUGCAGGUGGUAAACAAUGCAAAAGCAAGCCACAUCAAGUCCGACCAAAAAAUGGCCAGCCAAAAGUAAGCAGAAUGUAGAUUUAAAGCCAAACUUGAGUAAGCCACAGAAUGUAAGGAGACUUUUCAAUCAGCUGUUGCGGUUAGAGGUCUUGGAAACUUUGUGAGGGUUCAUGUAUCACAGAAAAACUCCACAUAUGGACUUUGACAAACUUCAGUAACAAUUUGUGCAAACCACCAAAUGCAUUUGAGCACAUUCUGUUUAUUUCUAUCUGUUGACAGAAAGUUAGACAAAGUUGAACAAAACGGUAAACAACUGAAAAGCCUUGGGAAUUGUGCAUAUUUCAAGAUGUUUUCACAGCACAAUGUUGCAUUCUUACACUGUUAAUAUCGCUGAAUAUCAUUUUACAAUAUGGUAUGGAAGCCCAACUCAUACUCAUAAUGUAUAAAUAUGACAAAAAUCAAUGACUCUAUUUCUAAGUUUGGAUAAUUGCAAUACAUACCUUUAAAAAUACUCUGUCACCUCUCAGAGGAUGAACUGAACAUAAUUAUGAUAAUUGUGUUUCUUAAUGUGACAGAGGUUUCGACUGCCAAAUAAACCAAAUUUUCUGUUGGAUUUACAUGGAGAGAAUCUUGGAACCGUAGUAACCACUGUGGUGUAAAAUGUGGCUGAAUUCAGGAACAGAUUUAAACAGACUGUAGGUAGUAAAAAGAGACCAGAUCUGAACUCCAGGCAGUGGAUAAAAAAACUUCAGAAAGAUUCAUCUCAGAGAACUAAAGAUUGAAAACAUGUGAUUGUAGUAGUCUGAGGAGUUAGGACACGUGUGCAGCCUCUAGAGGGCAGGCAUAUCUAGAUAGGGAGUGACGUGUAAAGGAAUCCGUGGUUUUGAGAUGGUUUUUGUUGUUCGCUGUGUCAAUGUGUCAAAGUCAGGACUUGUGCAGACUGCAGGCUUACAUGUAUGUGUUAGUCACUUCCAGGGCUGUCUCCAGGACCCAUCUGUCUCGAGACAGAAAUUUGCUUCCGGAAAUAACUACAUCAGGUUGACAUAUAUUCAUAUAGUAAGGUUCUUUAGGCACAAACAAGAAGUACUUAUACUUCCGAUGUUUCGAUAGUGAGGAAAACAGAAGAACACGAUGGAUUAAGGAGGCAGUCUGGAUCAGAAAAUCAGCUCCUGUCAUGAACAGAGAUGAGGGGGGAUACAAGCUGAGCCACGUUUGGGACGGCAUUCUUGCUGCUGCAGCGCCACCUACAUCGGCUAUAAGUAGCAGCAAGAAGUAGUUUCCAGUCAUUCUACCCUGAUGAUGGUGUCUGAUAGACAUUGAAAAGUCGGAAGUAAGUACUCCUUGGUUGUGCCUAGAGAACCUUACUAUAGGAAAUUUGCUUCUUUGAACAGAAAAUAAUUUUACCCCAUCCGUCCCCAAAAUGAUAUGAAGCUGUUGAAAAUGUACUUGAUAAGCCAAAAAUCAUCAACUCCCAAACAAUGAAUGGAGGGAAGAAAGUUGAGCUGGAGACAGCCCUGGUCACUUCACCAUCAUCUUUCUCAUGUGACCUUCUCCACAUGCCCAAUACAGCGUCUAUCUCUACAAGCUUUUUGACGAAGAACACAUACUGCAAGACUAUAAAUCUAACCUCUCCCAAAACAUCCCUGUUCACAUACAAACAUGGCACAUUCCUUACCUAAUCUUACUGACAGCUGACAAAGCCUGAUAGUUUUGUUAGAUCAACAAGUCAAAUUCUAAAUUAUACAAAAAUGCCAGGAAUUUUUCACAUGAUCCCCACCUUCAUAGCAUUCCACUUAACACACAGCUGUUACCUUAGAAAAUUUGCACCUGGCAGUCGGACAUAUUUUAGAACAGAAAUAUUGAAGAUGCGGGAAGACAAAAAGGAAACAAAAGAAAGCUAUUUUUGUACAUAGCCCUGUAAGAAAAGGUUUAAACAUGCUGCAUGCAAUGAUCAAUCUCUAUAUAAAGCUGUAAAGAUAUGAGCUGGGUUUGGGGAAAAUUCAGGCUAUAAGAAACUAAGCACUGAACGAUUCCGUUCAUAGAAAACAGUCAUUUUGAAACUGGCUACCAGUGGUAAUUAGAUACUUCUUGACCAAUCAAAAAUUAGAAGACAUGAUACUGGUAAAACUGAAAUUUGAUUGGCCAAUGAGUUGUCCUAACUAACUAAUGAGAAUAUCAGAUUCUAUUGUGUAGUGAAUGUUUCCAUAUCGUAUCUUAAAGCUGAUUGGUGUAAAUCAAAUGCAACAGAUGAUCUGAUUGGAUGAAUACACCUGUAUCUACGUACCAUGACAGUGUCAGUGCAAUGAAGUACUAUACAACUCAGAGUGACCAACUUUUUGUGAUUGGAUGUAUAUGACUAUAUAACAUGUGAUAUAUAUAUUUUAUGUAGAUGUACGUAAGUGUACCUAGUAAAUGUGCAUAUCAUCAUGACCAAAAUGCAGUGGAAAAUGCAUAAGUAUCAAGCAUUUUAUCCUAGAUAUUAUAUGAUUUUAGUCCGUGUAUAUGUACCUAAGAGAUGUAAUUUUAAUUGUGACAAGAGUUCUAAGGUGUUAGUGAUCAUUUAUGAUGGUAGACAAAGUUCCAAGUGUUGGCUGCAAGCAACCAUGAAGUGUGUUGACAGAAAUUAGUACAUCCAAGUAGUUACAAAAUACAGUCGUCAAGAAAAGCAGUAAAAGAGCAAAUUUUCAGACAAGAAUGAUAAAAAAUGAGGUACCAUCAUACAUUCCUGUAUCAAGUCAUUCCCAGGAUGUAACAUGAUUGACAACUAUGGUUUUGUUGCAAUCCCACAAUGCAAUGGUUGCCAAAUAUGGGCAUGGCCAGAUCACAUGACUACAGGGUAAAGAAUGUUGACUAGAUUUGGUGUAACCAUCACGGAGGAUUGAUUGUUUUAACAGAAAUGACAGAAAUGGAUGUGGAAGAAUUCUACUAGAGUAUCAUGUUGCUAUUAAACAGGUGUGAAUGGA